AUUUGUCCUAGAUAAACAAAAGUUUUAUGCUUAACAGGACUUAUGGCCGCUAGACAUAAGUUCUGAGUGAAAAGUAAACUUAAAAAGCAGUCAACUUAAAGGUCAAACCGUGCAAUUCCUUCAGUUACAACCCUGCAAAAAGCCCAAGUAAUUUAAUUUAAUUAUUUCAUACAGUAAUUAAUUUUAAGAGGGCUGAGUAGGUGCUGUGUAGCCGUUGUUGUUGCUGUGGAGAAUGAGAAUGGAAGCAGAGUUGGUGACGCCAGGACAAGUAUUGGGUAAAGCUUCACAGUUGAAAGCCGGUAAAGGUGCUUACCUUUCCACUGAAAACGACACCGUUUACGCCUCUCUUACCGGUUUCCGUUCUCUUAUACCUCCCCCUUCCGACUCGCCUGACCAGAGAUCGACAGUCGAAGUUACUGGUCAUAAAGCCCAUGCAGCUGUUCCUCAGCCUGGUUCCAUUGUUUUUGCUAGAGUUACUAAGGUGAUGGCUAGAACGGCUUCUGCAGACAUAGUUUGUGUUGAUUCCAAGUCUGUGCGUGAGAAAUUCACCGGCAUUAUUAGGCAACAAGAUGUUAGAGCAACUGAGAUUGACAAAGUAGACAUGCACUUGUCCUUCCGCCCGGGUGAUAUUGUUCGUGCAUUGGUGCUAUCACUUGGCGAUGCACGAGCAUAUUAUCUGUCAACUGCAAAAAAUGAGCUGGGUGUUGUAUCUGCUGAAAGUGCGGCUGGUGGUACCAUGGUUCCAAUUAGUUGGACAGAAAUGCAGUGCCCUCUAACAGGUCAAGUAGAACAGAGAAAGGUGGCCCAAGUUGGAGCUUGAGUAGAUCAAAACACAUUGUGUUGCUCUUAACUGCAGUCACCGUUUUCAUUUAAACCGGAAUGCUGAUUUCGCCAAAGAAUGUAUCAUCUUAACACCAUAACAAGAGGAGGGGGGUGGAUGCAGGAGGCAGCUGCCCUAUUUUGCUCUUGUAUUAUAACUAGUGUUCGAUAGAUUUACUCCUUUAAUUUUUUGUGCGUUAGCUUUACAUUUUGUUAGUAUGCAGAGGACUUUCUCCUCUCUGCCCACCAGGUUAGUAUGGGAAUAUGAUAGUAUAGGUCAAGCUCAGUAAAGUAAUGUUUAUUCUGUA